CCCCUAUCCACUUCGCCUGAUUUUGCAGCAGCCCUAAAGCGUUUACGACCAGAAAAACACUUUACGCCAUAUGUUCACGGCUCUGGAUCGCUUUGAGUUCGGUGUGUUUUGAGUGCUCCUUUCAUGUGGACGGAGUUUUAAAUUGUUCACGUAUUGCGUGCUUUCGGAUGAGGUACAGGUGACAUGGAGAACUACAGUAAGGAAAAGACAGUGGAACAGCCCAGCCUCUGCCCAUUCCCUGGCCUCCCUUGUGACACACCUGAGGUGCGAGUGAAGGACGGCAGCAAGAUCCGCAACCUCAUGCGCUACGCCUUAAGCCGCAUGGAGGUCAAACCCACUGCGAUGGAGGGUGAGUGGGAGCAUCCUAAUACCGAAGAAGGGGGUGGCACCACCGCAGUCAAGGAAACUCCCCGUCGUCAGGCACCAGAGAAGAUGCCAUGCCGGCAGAUAGUGUUCACUGGGACCGGGAAGGGUGUCUCUAAAGCCAUCACCUGCGUGGAGAUUCUGAAGCGCCGUGUGAAAGGCUUGCACCAGCAGACCAAGCUGCUCUUCAGCAACGUCCUGGAGACGUGGGAACCCUUGGAGCCCACGGCAGGCCUGGACAGCCUCACUGUCAACAGGAACAUACCCGCUAUCUGGGUCCUGCUCUCCAAAGACCCCUUGGAUUCUAGCCUACCUGGUUACCAGGCACCGGGCAACUUUGAUGCUCUGUGGGCACAGGCUGCCAAGGAGGAUGCAGAAGCAGGAGGUGGACAGAGACACGGGGGCAGGAGGAAGAGGGGAGGAGGAGGAGGAGGUGGUGGUGGUGGCCGGGUUAAGGGGCCAGGAGGCCCUGUUAGACAAACCGGUCGAUCCAGAGAGCCAGGGAAAGGUCGGGGUGGUGGGACGUCGACAGAACAGGAUUGAGAUCUGAUUUGAGUGUCAAGGGGACUCACUGACGAGCCUGCUAAACGAACAGGACACUUCCUGUCAUCUGAUUGGGGUGUUAAGAGGACUCACUGACGAGCCUGCUAAACGAACAGGACACUUCCUGUCAUCUGAUUGGGGUGUUCUGAGUGCACCCAUUUUCAACUUUUUUUGUUCAUGUGGUAUGUCUCACUUCCAUGAAGAGAGAGUUCAAGAAAGUGCCUAGGUUUCUUAAAAUUUGUGAUUUUUCAGGCUUGGGUGGAAGGUUUUCCUUCAAAUAACUGAUUUUGUCUGUGCCAUUUUUCCCCCUAGUUUUUCGCUAGUUUGAAUAAGUUAAUAAAAGCCUAUACAUGAUU